UGACCAGUACCAGAACUAUCGCGACGACUACCGAACUCGCCAGGGUAAAGACCUGAUCCGAACAAUGCCCUGGGGGAGGAAGAACACGGAAAACACGGGAACACGGGAAAUAGACCUACCAUAGAUUGAUUCAGGCUGGUUUGAUCGUAAUGGCUAACAUCCCCACGGGCCAACGAGACGAUUCUAGGUCUCCCGCCAGGAACGAGCUGUCAUACGACGACCACCCAGACGGGGACCGACAGCGGGACGCCGUGCGCUAUGGACGCGACCGCAAGGAUUUUCGUGGUUCGCGUUCCAGGGAUCGAUAUGACGGGGACAGGGACCGCGAUGACCGGUCAGAACAGAACCAUUAUCGUGGCCACGACUCUCGCCGCGACUACCGUUACGGGGACGAACAUCAUUCGGCCGACUACCGUGGCCGGGAAGACAGGCACAGAGGAGAGAGAUCGUAUUCUCGGCCCCGUCAUUCUGACAUUGGUCGCGAUGAUGAUCCCCGUGACCGUCGUUCUGACUCGCGAUACAGCCCGGACGGCCAAUCUCGCCAUACCCGCUCUGCAUCCCCGGCUCGGAACGCUGGCGCCCCUACCGACACCAUCAUACUAGAGGGGCUCCCUAAAGACGUAUCGACGGAUGAUGUUCGGGAGUCUCUCACACGUCAUUAUGGCUCGUCGCGGUGCCCGUCGUUUGACGUGCGCGUCCCGCUUGGGCGAGGGCGCCGCGCAUUCGUGCAGUACGAUCAAUUGAACGACGCCGUGGAUUUCAUCCAAGACAACUACCCCAGGUUACUACUCGACUUUGCCGGCUUGGUCGACGGGGACGCCAGCGGCAAAACCCCCGUGUACAUCCACUACGCCCGUAACCGCGAGGAUCCGGGCAGCUGGACAUGCACAGUGUGCGAUUUUUCCAACUUUGCGACACGGACCCGUUGCAAAAGCUGCGGGGCGCUCCAGACAGAUACGUCCAUGUUCCGACCCACCCUUACCGGCGAAAGCGAUGCUUCCGACACCCCUUCGCAGAUCCUCGUGUUCUUCCCGCUGGCGGCCUCGGUGACGGAGGAGGUCCUUGCUGCAGGUGUCGCCAAACUCCAACUGGAAGAAAAACCGGCUGCGCCGAAGAAACCAGGAGAUGGAGCGCCCAAGCUCAAGUCCACCGCGCCGACUGGUGACACCACUGGAUACGGUGCCAAGCCCGGCUCGCUCCACCGCGUCUUCCUCAUGCGAGACCGGGAUACCAACGAAUCGUUCAAGUUUGGCUUCGCCGAGUUCUGGACCGUGGACGAUGCGCUUGCGGCCGUGACGAAAUUCAAAAAGUACCGAGAGUUCACCAUUGCCUCGGCGGCCGUGAACGUUUCGACCAUCCACCUCGGUGUUUUUAUUCCCGAACAGAGAGAGAUCACCCCUGCCAUCGAGAAGUUAUCAUUCGCGCCCCUGUUCAACCCCACCAUCAGGGUCAAGUACUGGGAUCCGCACGCCUUUCCGAGCCAAAACAUAGUGACAGAGAACUCGCCAGAAAGGGCACAGCUGGAGAAAUCGGAAAAGUUGGCCAAGGGAAGCGAAGACCAAGCUGCCGAGUUGAAGAAGGCGAAGAAGCGCAAGGCAGAGGGGAGCGGGCCUCCCGCGUCGGGGAAGCGCCCGGCGCCGAUGAUCGGUCAGAUGGCCCUCUGGCAGAAGAAGCACGAUGAGCUUCAUGUGGGGAAGAAGUCAUCCGAGACGGCGACCGGGGAAAGUGAUAACGCACUCGCUACGUCGGGCGACCGUGUCCCCGUGAAGAUUUCCCUCUCGGGAUCUAACGCAUCCCAACAAGGUUCCGUCAAGAGCUCAGUAGCCAUUGCUGCACCCAAGUCGGCCGUACCAGUUGCUGCUGCCGCGCAAAGCAUCUCGCCUGCACCGGCGCAGGAUGUACCCGCCCAUUCAUCUGGUACGGCAGCCCGAGCGACGACACAAUCUCCGAAUCCCGGUGAAACGCCCGCCGUCUCCUACGUCGAUCGCGAGAAGGUAUGCUGUCUCAUCUGCAUGAUGAAGUAUAAGAACCUCGACGACCUCGGCACGCACGAGAAAUCCCGGAAUCACAAGAUGGCCACGGCAGAUGAAGAGAAAGUGAAGGCGGCUUUGCCUAGGCUGGCGGCACGCGACAAGAGGAUGCAAAAGGCCGCAGCGGCGACGGGGACGGGGACGGGGACGGGGACACAGGAAAACUCGGGUCCCACGUCCCAGUAUCGCGACCGCGCCAAGGAACGCCGCGAGGUGUUCAACCAGCCAGCCAAGCCAACGGCCGCGCCGACUGGGAAGCAGACCUCGUCUUCUUCUGCGGCGCGGGAACCCAGCGAGCCGAGCGGGCCAUCCCCGGCAACAACGGCAGCGGCAGCGGCAGCGGCAACGACAGCGGCAACGACAGCGGCAGCAGUUGCGGCAGCACCACCGCCAUCCAAGGGUUCGGCGAUGUUGGCCAAGAUGGGCUGGACAUCCGGAAAAGGGCUGGGCGCAAACGGCGAGGGCCGCACCGAAGUCAUCGCCACCCACGCGUACCAGGAAGGCGUCGGCUUGGGCGCCGAAGGAGGAAAGCUGGGAGAUGCGGCUGAAUUGGCGCAGCGGAAUACCACCAACAGCUACGCUGACUACCUGACUGUCGCGCAGCAGAAGGCGAGAGAGCGGUACAACAAGAUGAGCUGACGGGAAGUGUGGACGGUUGAUGGUCCAAGAAACUCAUUGCGUCUCCGAAGUGGAGGCGAGGGAAAGGAUGCCUCAGAGAAUUUGACUGGCUGGCAGGUAAAAAGGGCGUUUUAUGGAGUAUGGGGAGGAAUGGCUUGGAUGGUGAGUAUCGGUUCUACAGAGGGAAUACAGAGGGGGAGGGGUGGCAAGAACAAGUUUCU